AUGGACUGGCUCGCCGAGCUGGCGCCGGAGCUGCAGCUGCUCAUUCUCGAGGCCGUCGACGACUUCUCGGACUGCGCCGCCGUCAGCCUCGCGACGCCGCGCCUCGGCCUCCUCGCCUUUGGCCAUGACCUCGCUCGCUUCAAGGACCCCCUCUUCGCCGUGGCGAUGCAGCAGCAGCUCGCCCAGCGCACGAGGUCUAAAGGGGAACAACAGACGCCCGUGACCGAGGCCAUCCUGCGCAAAUACUCCGCCGACCGGCGGGCGAGGCAGGAGCACUUCCCGUGGCUGGAGCGGGUGAGCCCGGCCCUCUGCCUCUCGACCGGCAUUCGAGGUCUGGGCAGCCGCCGCUUCGAGUUCUGGCGGCUGCAGCGCGGCGACGAGCCGGGAGCACUGCUGCGCGAGCGGUCCUUGCAGCGGGGCACGAUCUGGCACUUUACGGGCGAGGCGGGCGCGGAGCGGCAGGUGCGCACGGAGUAUGCCACCGGCGAGGUGCAGCUCUUCGAGGGCGAGAAGGGCGCCGAGCGGCUGGUGCAGUUCUACGAGGGCGAGCUGGGGGCGGAGCGGUGCGUGCGCCGGGAGGUUGCCGGCAGGGUCUACUUCUACGAGGGCGAGAAGGGCGCGGAGGCGGUGGUGCGCGUGGCGACCACCGAGACGCGGCUCAAGGCCAUGCGCGUCACCGAGCUGAGGGAGGAGUGCGGCCGCCUCGGCUUGGUCACCACGGGCGUCAAGGCAGACCUGGUGGCGCGCCUCCGCGCGUACCGGUCGGCACCGGUGCCCCAAUGCAUCCCCCGAUGA